CCUCUCCCAUCCUACUGCAAGUACAGAACCUCACACAGGCCAUCAGCGACUACAACCUCAUCCAAUUUUUCAUAUCGAAAUGGCUUCUUCUUCCGUGCUGCUCGGAGCCGCAGGUGCCGCCGUGCUCACCGGCACUUCCGCCGGCAAGGCCGUUCCACGGCCAUCCUUCCUGGCUGCUCGUCCCCGCACCGUGACCGGUGGCCGCCUCUGCCUGCAGACCCCACCCAGAGCGUCUCCGGAGUACAACAAGGCUGCGGAUGCCACUGAGGACGCCAUCGAGGGCGCGAAGGGGGUGGCCGCGGAGCUGAAGAAGGGCGUGGCAGAGGCGGCGGCGGCUGUCUCGGGCGACACGGACAAGGCCGUGGAGGCGACCGAGGAGGGCACCAGCGAGGCGGCGGCUAAGGCCACGGACCUCGGCGAGCAGGUAAAGGGGGCGGCUGAGGAGGCAUGGGACGGCGCCAAGGACGCCGCCAAGGGUGUCACCGACAAGGUCGCCGCCGAGGCCAAAGCCGCGGCCAAAGAGUAGCUCUACCAUUAUACGAUUAAUUAGUCCAACGAUCUGUAUGCAUACACUUUGAUACUAGACAUACGAUAGUUGUAUUCA